CUAACCUGUCAUGAAAUUUUAAUUUUCUCUUAUCACAUAUCGUUUUAUCAUUGUAACAUAUUAAUUAAAAAAUUUUAAGUUUGAAAUCAAAUUUAUUGUAUUUAACAAUUUGUGGCAGCAUGUCAGAAUGAUACCAAACUUUUCAACAUUAAAACACAAAUACAAAUAUUCUUAUAGACUGAUCAGAAUAAUUUAUAAAAUUUGCAUCAAAUUUUAAAAAGAAGAUAUAUAUUUUAAAUGGGUUCACUAAUUAGGCAACAGACGCUAGUUCGCAGUUUUAUUGCUAAUGAAUGUAAAAAUAAAUACUUAUGUUCGCUAUAUAUAUCAAAAUGUUUUAUAUCUCGAAGUUCAUAUAAAAAAUUAUCUUCUAAGAUCGCUACUAAUAUAUCUAAACCAAAAAUUAAUGUAACGCAUUUUUUUAACGACGUCGCUACAAAACGAACACCAUCAGAGCUGAGAGAAAUAGCAAGUCUCGUUGAUAAAUUACCAUCUAAUUGCAUAAAACUGGCAGUUGGUGUUCCUAACGUACAAACAUUUCCAUUUAAAGGAAUUUCUGUUGAAUUAAUAUCUGGUGAACGUAUCGAAUUAAGCGAAUUAGAAUUUUCUUCGGCAUUACAAUAUUUACCAUCUAUGGGUUAUGCGCCUUUGUUGCAUAAAUUAAAAAAAAUUCAAGAUAAGUACCAUGGAAAACAAAAUUGGAAUGAAAAAAGCAUUAUGGUUACUAGUGGGGCUCAAGAAGGUUUGUCGAAAGCUGUAGAUAUGUGUAUGAAAAUCGGCGAUCCUAUCAUUCUACCCGAGCCAAUAUAUCCAGGAGCAAAAUCAUUAUUUACAGUGUAUGAUCCAGAUAUAAUAGCCAUUCGAGAAGACGCCACUGGAAUGAUAAUUGAGGACAUUGAAAAUGCCUUACGCGAAAGGAAACUAAAGAACCUUCCUAUUCCAAAGAUUUUGUACUUAAAUCCAACAGCAUCAAAUCCUUCAGGAGUAACUAUAGCUGAAGAUAAAAAAAAGUAUAUUUAUUCUUUGGCUUGUGAAUUUAAUUUAUUAAUUUUAGAAGAUGAUCCAUAUUACCACUUGAGCUUUGAAAAACAAAACCCUGUUAGUUUCAUGUCAAUGGAUGUUGAAAAUCGCGUUCUCAGAUUUGAUUCGUUUUCAAAAAUAAUGAGUUCUGGUCUUCGUGUGGGCUUUGUUACAGGUCCAAAGACUUUGUUACGGCAAAUGGAAUUACACGUUCAGAGUUCGACCAUUCACACGUCUUCUCUAUCACAAGUACUUGUCAACAAAUUACUCAUGCAUUGGGACGAUGAUGGUUGGGUAGUACAUAUAAAUCACGUAAAACAAUUUUACCUCAAAAAGAAAAAUUAUAUGAUAAAAGCAAUUAAAAAUCAUCUUGAUGGUUUGGUUGAAUGGGUUGAGCCUUCGGGUGGAAUGUUUUUAUGGUUAAAAGUAAUUGGUUUGGAAGAUACAAAGCACUUAGUAACUUCAAAAUGUCUUGAUAAACUCGUGGUUGUUGCGCCCGGCUAUGCUUUUUCAACGGACUCGAAAAAGCCAUCGCCAUAUUUACGACUUUCAUAUUCAAUAGCAUCGCCUGAAGAAGUUGAUAAGGGAAUAAAAUUGCUAGCCGAAUCAAUACGCGAAGAACUUAUUUCUAGAUAAUAAGCAUUAUUGCAUACAAAUAUCUAAUUUUUGAUUUCUAAAUAAAUUACUAUUUUUUGAAAUGAAACUAGUUCAUUAAUUUAUAUUUUUAAGAAUGUAAGUAUCAAUUAAAAAUAAGACGCUAAUUUUUAAGAAACUAUAAAAGAUACAAACAAAAUAUAUAUGAGAUCAU